GCAGUCGAUGCUUGAUGAAGCACCACACGGCAUUUUUAGCAUUCCGUGGGUAGUCCUUUCUCGAUCAACCAUCUUCACGGCAGCAGCGAAAGAACAUACGAGAUGUCUUCUUUAUCACGGGACGAGAUUGACGAUUGUACAGAGGUGUUUGACUUGUUUGAUUUCUGGGACGGUAGAGACGGAGAUGUAGACGCUGCCAAAACCGGCGACAUGUUGUACUGCCUCGGGCUCAACCCCACACAAGCAACCAUCAAAAGCAACGGCGGUGUCGAUAAGUUCGGUGAAAAAUCCUACCAGUUAGAAGAAUUCCUCACAAUUUACGAAGCUUGCGCCAAAAUACAAGACACCGGAACGUUUGCUGACUUUAUGGAGGCCUUCAAAACUUUCGACAGGGAGGGACAAGGUUUCAUUUCAUCUGCCGAGUUGAGACACGUGUUGACGUCACUGGGUGACAGGCUGAAGGACCCGCAGGUUGACGAUAUUAUUCAGUGUGUGGACUUGAGAGAAGAUCUUGAAGGAAAUGUCAAAUAUGAAGAUUUCAUUACCAGAGUAAUGGCCGGACCUUACCCAGACAAGGACAAGUAAAAAGUUUAAAAUUCAAAACCAAUCUGAUGCGCCAAACAGAGUCAAUCAUCAACCAAUUAUAUCGUUUGAAUAGAUUAUCCAAGGUGAAGGUCCUUUGAGAAGCUGCUGCCGGAAGUUGCCAAUCUCGGGACCUGAAGCGACACCUAGCGAACAAAUUAGUCAUAGGCCGACGAACAUCUAGUGCACAGUAUUUGAAUUUCGUCCCCUUUUCAUGGAGAAGCACAGUUCACGAAGAUUUCGUAAAACCUACCUCGUAGGGAAUAUUUUGCCGUGUGACAUUUUUUUCUAUUCAUUUGUGCAAUAUUUUUUUCAGAAACCGAUUCCGGUAAAUGUUUUUCAUGGGAAACCGGUUUCGGUGCCCGUUUUCCAUGGGAACUAUCUGACUUUUCACAUGUACAGUGAAUUCAUCAGCAACGUAGUCACAAAAUGAUGAACAUCUUUGUGGGUAUCCUUUCUGCAACCUCGGCGGUGUGUAUAGUGAAAUAAUUCCCCGAAUUAAAGAUUUUUCACUCAAUA